CGGUAAAUGGUCCCAUGGAAGUCAUUCCGACCGGUGACAUCAACAAUGAUUCGCUCGCUGCCGCCAGCCUCGGAGCUCACGGAAUGGUAUGUAACGGUUACCAUGGCAUGCAAGACACUACAGAGCCCAGGAACGACAACGUCAUUCUCCUACCACCUUCAGUGCUCCGUUGUCGAUCGCGGGCCUCCCAUUCAUCAAUAUCUUGACCACAUGACAUUGUCCUCCUUUGGAGGAGAACAGAUCAUGGAUAUUCAGGUUACUAUCAGCGCUUUGCCCACGAUCGAUUGCAUUUACAAUAACGAGAUAAUGUCUGGGUCCAAACAAGUGCACGCAUGCACUGCGCACCACGACAGUGCCUCUUUGAACGUAGAGAGGACAAGGAACGUACGAGAUUUUUAGCAUAACUCCGCAUCGAUUGAUAUCUCUUCAGAGGACACGGCAAGACAAUGAAGCGACAACCAUCUUCAGCUUUGACACCAGCAAUAUCUUCUUCGCGCAUCCUAUCGCCCCCGUAAUCGCUGCUCACGAUUGCGACACAAUCAUCGCAGAAGUGGGUCCGCACCACAUCCCCGAAACCAUCAACU